AUGCAACUGACACCGGACAACAUCGAAUUCGAUGGAAACCAGGAACGUUUCAAGCCCGGGGAGAUAGUCCGUGGGACUGUCUCGUUGAAUGCACCACGGGACUAUCACGUCACAGCGAUAAUAUGUCGCUUCAAAGGAGAAGCACGCACGAGAUGGAAUGGAAUGCCACGGGCUGGGUAUUGGCAUUACUUCGAUAAGGAGAAGUAUCUGUUCUAUGCAUUAUCACAACAGACCCACAUGGCUGCUGGAUCACAUCGGUUCAACUUCACCUACAGACUUCCCGACAACAUUCCACCAUCAUUCUGGUCUCGAUUCGGAGACAUCAAAUAUCUGGUUGAACUGUCUGUGGUGAGACCGGGAAAAAUCACUAUCCGCACUCAAAAAAUGAUCAAAGUCAUCGGUGGUCUCGAUGAAUUCGACUGGAGAGAUUUGCAGAAUCGACGAUCUCAAAUAUACUCAUUGAGAGUCAAUGGAUCCUUAUUUGGAAAUCUUGGAAGGAUUCAUUAUAAAUCGUCCCUGGAUCACAGCUAUCUCAUCCCGGGAACUGAAGUGAAUGUCGAGAGCUUCAUUGAGAACCAGAGCUCCAGGACAGUCGAGAAAGUGAAAGUGGAGCUCUGGCGCAAGGUUCAAUACUUCACUUCUGCUCGUUUCUGUCAUACCACGGAUGUCUCGAAGGUCCUUCAAAUCAGUUCACAUCGACUCACUAUCCAACCUGGAAUGAAUCGCCAUGUCAGCCACCAACUGACUCUCCCGGACACCAUCUACUCAUCAUUCAAUUCGGAAAUCAUGACAGUCUCCUAUUUCCUCUGCGUGAUCAUCUCCACCAAUGGACUCCUUACACCAAAUGUCGAUUUCAAUAUGACAAUUGACAUUAUCGAUGAAGCUUAUACCCCCACCACAGUACCUCAAGUAUCAGCUCCACUCGAAUUCCCGACGGUCGAGAAUCCAAGAAACAUCGGACAGAUUCUGAAUGUGGCUCCAACCACACUCUGGGCACCAAGAUGCAGAAACAAUCGACGUGUACUACAAAUUUACAAUCCUGUUUUUAAUGCUUACGAAGAGACCGAGGAGCCACCAACCUAUGCAGAAAUUGAAGACAUGGAGGACCCACCACCAAGAUAUGCGGAAGUCAAUCAAGCUCGAGAGAGAUAA